CCAUUUCGCCGCCGCCUCGGUGCGAGUGGUGGUGCGCUCGUCUGGUCUCCGUCGCUAAGGCCCGAGCCAGGGACGUUCCUGAGAGAGCUGUGCUCUCGGGCACAAAGAAUCGGACUCCGGUCUGAAGAAGACUCUUGAAUCAUGGGUGAUGUUAAAAAUUUUCUGUAUGCCUGGUGUGGCAAAAGGAAGAUGACUCCAUCCUAUGAAAUUAGAGCAGUGGGGAAUAAAAACAGGCAGAAAUUCAUGUGCGAGGUUCGAGUGGAAGGAUAUAAUUACACCGGCAUGGGUAAUUCCACCAAUAAAAAAGACGCACAGAGCAAUGCUGCCAGAGACUUUGUUAACUAUUUGGUUCGGAUAAAUGAAGUAAAGAGUGAAGAAGUCCCAACUAUGGGGGUAGCACCCACUCCUCUCACAACUGCUGAUUCACCUGACGACACAGCAAAUGCUGGUGGAGGUUUACCAGCAACCAUGGGAGGCCCUCUUCCUCCACAUCUGGCUCUCAAGGCAGAAAAUAAUUCUGGCUAUGGUGUUACUGGGCCCACCUGGGAUCGUGGAGCCAACUUGAAGGAUUAUUACUCAAGAAAGGAGGAACAAGAAGUACAAGCGACUCUUGAAUCUGAAGAAGUGGAUUUAAAUGCUGGACUUCAUGGAAACUGGACCUUGGAAAAUGCUAAGGCUCGUCUGAACCAGUAUUUCCAAAAAGAAAAGAUCCAAGGAGAAUAUAAGUACACCCAAGUGGGUCCUGAUCAUAACAGGUUUGCUUGUUUCACUCUUUUCCUUCUGUAGUAAGUUAGUUGUUUUGUAUAUUCAUUGUAUGUGUUGCCUGGUCCAAUUUGUGGAUUAGUAGCAAAUUGUGCAAAGAAGAUAACGUCACCUUGCCCAAGAAGAAUUUUCAUUGAUUUCGUAAUAUGCAGUUUGCCAUGAUUUUCACUUAUGUUUGAUUUUCACUGUGGAAAGUUCUGUGAAAAUCUGUUCAUGUUGCUAGACUUUCAGGUUCUCUUAUGAAUCUGAGAGGCAAAAACUAGAGCCACAGGUACUGGUUUGUCCAUAAUUGGCUUAAAAAUCAGGAGUUCCUGUUGUGGCUCAGCAGGUUAAGGACCCAGUGUUGUCUUUAUGAGGAUGUGGGUUCGAUCCCUGGCCUCACUCAGUAGCUUAUGGGUCUGGCAUGCUGCAAACUGUUGCCAUGGCUGUGGCUUAGGCUCCUGCAGCUUCAAUUUGACCCCUAUUCCGGGGACGUACGCUGCAGGUGCGGCCGUUUAAAAAUAUAUCAGCCAGAGGUGGUGAGUUUAUCAUUCACUGUGAUAUUAGAGGCACUUAUAAUGUUUAUUUCUUUAAUGGGUCAAGUUAGACACUUCAGUUUUUUUUUCAGCAUCUUCGGAAGGUAAAUGGCAUUGUGUCAAGGUCCAGAUUUCCCAUCACUUUGAAAGUUGCCAACUUUCAAAAGUCUUAUUAUUAUUCUGUUAAAUGUAUAAAACUGAACAUAAGGGUGGAGGUGGUUCUAACAGUGACAGUAUGUUUCUCAGCCUGCUUGCUGUUCUUCCUGAGAGCAUUCCAGGGUGUAGUAAUUAUUACUCCCAGGAAGGCUCAUACGGAUUAGACUCUUCUGGGGGCACUAUAUUCUAUUGGAAGAGAGAGAAUGUUUAUAAACUUUCUGGAUGAUUUGAUUUGCUGUCCUUCACCUAUAUGAAAUAAAUUAUUCAAAAAUACAUCAAAAAUAUUUUUUUUGAAAAAUCAAUGUAUUCUCCUUUGGUUGCAAGUAGCAACCCUAAAAUAAUCAUUACUAAAAUAAAACUUUGGUCAAAAUGAUGUUCAGAGCAUGGUCCUCCCAGCUUCCCACUGUUUUGUUCAAUCCUGAAUUCUCAAAUACUUAAUUUUGAUGUCAGACUUUUUUAAACCCCCAGAUUAUAAAGCAAAGAUUGAUUUGUUGAUUUUUAUUUUCUGAACCAAUUGGCUUAGUAGCAUUUGGAGACAACAUUAGAUGAUUUUUAUGCCUGGCUUAUUUUAAACAUUUUUUUAAAUUUUGUACUCUUUGUUGACUUCUAAUACAAAAAGUUGAAGAAUUCAGGCUGUGGCAAAGAAGGCAGACAGUUGGGAGAGCUAGGACAGCAUUGCUCUUUGUAUGUCCUUUAUUGAAAAAGGCAUAACAGACAGCAACACCAGAGGUCUGUGUUCAUACACACAUGUGCUGCUGCUUAGGCUGAACUAAGCAAUCACAUGGGAAACUAUUGUAAACUGAUUUCUGGUGUCGCUGUUCCCCCUAGGUGGAGGAGAAUGAGAUUGAGUGCUGACUUUAAGCCUGGCUGAGAAACAUACUGGCAUCGGUGUCAUUAAUGAAAGGGUGGAUGUUGGUCCCCUGAAAGCCAGUGGCCUUUGACCCCUGAAGCCCCUGUGCCUAAAGGAGCUUUAUUGCAGAAAUGACCAUUUAUAUCAAGCAGCUGGGCAGAAGGAUUUUUGCUCGUGAACAUGGAUCAAAUAAAAAAUUGGCAGCCCAGUCCUGUGCGCUGUCACUUGUCAGACAACUCUACCAUCUUGGAGUGAUUGAAGCUUACUCUGGACUUACAAAGAAGAAAGAAGGAGAGACAGUGGAGCCUUACAGAGUUAACAUUUCUCCAGAAUUGGAACAUCAGCUGCAAAACAUUGUUCAAGAACUAGAUCUUGACAUCGUGCCCCCACCUGAAGAUCCUUCUGUGCCUGUUACACUCAACCUUGGCAAAUUGGCUCACUUUGAACCAUCUCAGCGACAAAACCAAAUAGGUGUCGUUCCUUGGUCUCCUCCUCAAUCCAACUGGAAUCCUUGGACUAGUAGCAACAUUGAUGAGGGGCCCCUGGCUUUUGCUACUCCAGAACAAAUAAGCGUGGAGAUCAAGAAUGAAUUAAUGUAUCAGCUGGAACAGGAUCGUGAUUUGCAAGCUAUCUUACAGGAGAGAGAGUUACUGCCUGUGAAGAAAUUUGAAAGUGAAAUCCUGGAAGCUAUUAGUCAAAAUCCAGUUGUCAUUGUCCGAGGCGCUACUGGAUGUGGUAAAACCACACAAGUUCCCCAGUUUAUUCUAGAUGACUUUAUCCAGAAUGACCGAGCAGCAGAGUGUAAUAUUGUGGUAACUCAGCCCAGGAGAAUCAGUGCCGUUUCUGUGGCAGAGCGAGUUGCGUAUGAGAGAGGAGAAGAGCCUGGAAAAAGCUGUGGCUACAGUGUUCGAUUUGAGUCUAUACUUCCCCGCCCUCAUGCCAGUAUAAUGUUUUGUACUGUAGGAGUGCUCCUGAGAAAAUUAGAAGCAGGCAUUCGAGGAAUUAGUCAUGUAAUUGUAGAUGAAAUCCAUGAAAGAGACAUAAAUACUGACUUCCUUUUAGUGGUGUUGCGUGAUGUGGUUCAGGCUUAUCCUGAAGUUCGCAUUGUUCUCAUGUCUGCUACUAUUGACACCAGCAUGUUCUGUGAAUAUUUCUUCAAUUGCCCAAUCAUUGAAGUUUAUGGGAGGACUUACCCAGUUCAAGAAUAUUUUUUGGAAGACUGUAUUCAGAUGACCCACUUUAUUCCUCCACCAAAGGACAAGAAAAAGAAGGAUAAGGAUGAUGACGGUAGUGAGGAUGAUGAUGCAAAUUGUAACCUGAUCUGUGGGGACGAAUAUGGUCUAGAAACAAAAAUGAGCAUGGCUCAGUUGAAUGAGAAGGAAACUCCUUUUGAACUCAUCGAGGCUCUACUUAAAUACAUUGAGACCCUUAAUGUUCCUGGAGCUGUGUUGGUUUUUCUACCUGGCUGGAAUUUGAUUUAUACUAUGCAGAAGCAUUUGGAAAUGAAUCCACAUUUUGGAAACCAUAGGUAUCAGAUUCUGCCUCUGCAUUCUCAGAUUCCUCGAGAGGAGCAGCGCAAAGUGUUUGAUCCAGUGCCAGCUGGAGUAACCAAGGUUAUCUUAUCCACAAAUAUUGCUGAAACAAGCAUCACCAUAAAUGAUGUUGUUUAUGUCAUUGACUCCUGCAAGCAAAAAGUGAAGCUGUUCACUGCUCACAACAACAUGACCAAUUAUGCUACAGUGUGGGCAUCCAAAACAAACCUUGAGCAGCGGAAAGGACGAGCUGGUCGUGUACGGCCUGGGUUCUGCUUUCACCUCUGCAGCCGAGCUCGUUUUGACAGACUCGAGACCCACAUGACACCAGAGAUGUUCCGAACACCAUUGCAUGAAAUUGCUUUGAGCAUAAAACUUCUGCGUCUGGGAGGAAUUGGCCAGUUUCUGGCCAAGGCAAUUGAACCUCCACCUUUGGAUGCUGUGAUUGAAGCGGAGCACACACUUAGAGAACUUGAUGCAUUAGAUGCCAAUGAUGAGUUGACUCCUCUGGGACGAAUCCUGGCUAAACUCCCCAUCGAGCCUCGUUUUGGCAAAAUGAUGAUAAUGGGGUGUAUUUUCUACGUGGGAGAUGCUAUUUGUACCAUCUCUGCCGCCACCUGCUUUCCAGAGCCUUUCAUCAGUGAAGGAAAGCGAUUGGGUUACAUCCAUCGAAAUUUUGCUGGAAACCGAUUUUCUGAUCAUGUGGCCCUUUUAUCAGUAUUCCAAGCUUGGGAUGAUGCUAGAAUGGGUGGAGAAGAAGCAGAGAUACGUUUUUGUGAGCAUAAAAGACUCAAUAUGGCUACACUAAGAAUGACCUGGGAAGCCAAAGUUCAGCUCAAAGAGAUUCUGAUUAAUUCUGGAUUUCCAGAAGAUUGUUUAUUGACCCAAGUGUUUACUAACACUGGACCAGACAAUAAUCUGGAUGUUGUUAUCUCUCUCUUGGCCUUUGGCGUGUACCCCAAUGUGUGCUAUCAUAAGGAAAAGAGAAAGAUUCUCACCACUGAAGGGCGUAAUGCACUUAUCCACAAGUCAUCUGUUAAUUGUCCUUUUAGCAGCCAAGACAUGAAGUAUCCAUCUCCCUUCUUUGUAUUUGGUGAAAAGAUUCGAACCCGGGCCAUCUCUGCUAAAGGCAUGACCUUAGUCACCCCACUGCAGCUGCUUCUCUUUGCCUCCAAGAAGGUCCAGUCUGAUGGACAGAUUGUGCUUGUAGAUGACUGGAUCAGACUGCAAAUAUCUCAUGAAGCUGCUGCCUGUAUCACUGCUCUCCGGGCAGCCAUGGAGGCUCUGGUUGUAGAAGUAACCAAACAGCCUGAUAUCAUCAGCCAGUUGGACCCUGUUAAUGAACGUAUGCUGAACACAAUCCGCCAGAUCUCCAGGCCCUCAGCUGCUGGCAUUAACCUUAUGAUUGGCAGCACACGAUAUGGAGAUGGUCCACGUCCUCCCAAGAUGGCUCGAUAUGACAAUGGAAGUGGAUAUAGAAGGGGAGGUUCUGGUUAUGGCAGUGGAGGCUACGGAGGUGGCAGAGGCUACAGAGGCGGCGGAGGCUACGGCGGUGGUGGCUUCGGCGGUGGCGGAGGCUUCGGUGGCGGCUUCGGUGGUAGCGGAGGUUUUGGUGGUAGUGGAGGUUUUGGUGGUGGCGGAGGCUUCAGUGGAAAUGGGGGCUUCGGUGGUAGCGGAGGCUUCGGUGGCAAUGGGGGCUUUGGUGGUAGUGGAGGCUAUGGUGGUGGUGGGGGCUUUGGGGGUAGUGGUGGCUAUGGGGGUGGUGGAGGCUUUGGGGGUAAUGGAGGCUAUGGGGGUGGUGGAGGCUUCAGUGGUGGUGGAGGCUUCAGUGGUAGUGGAGGCUUCAAUGGUAACGGAGGUUUCAAUGAUAAUGGAGGCUUCAGUGGCGGCAGCUAUAGUGGUGGCUCCAACUCCUAUCAGGGAGGCUAUGGUGGAGGUGGAGGUGGUGGCGGAGGCUACAGAGGGGGUUCCCGAGGUGGCUAUAGAGGUGGGUCAGGAGGAGACUACAGAGGGUCUGGUGGUGGAGGCUACAGAGGAUCUGGGGGAUUCCAGCGAGGAAGUAGCAGAGGAGGGGGCUAUGGGAGUGGCUACCCUGGACAAGGAAGAGGCGGUGGUGGCUAUUAAAGCUUGGUUAUGUCAGUGCCUGCGCAUAGACAGUUUAAAAAAUAAAUGCAUGCUACCCCCUUUCCCAAGUUGUUUAUUUGCUGCCAACGAGUAAACCCAUUUUUUUCACCCAUGCUGUGAUUCAUUGUAGUUUAAGGAAACUAGACAUAAGAUUAGUGCUUUUGUUUAUAUUAUGUAAAAUAUAACGAUCUAUUAUAAAAGUACUACCGUUUGUAUUUUUUCUUUAAGGAGUAAAGAUUUGCCUUUAAAAUUCACUUGAUAUUUUCUUGCCUUUAGUUUAUUAAUACAGUAGAAAAUAAAGUUCUACAUUAGAUACUGGCCAUGUAGUUAACUGUUUGUUGAUCUUACAUGUUAGAAUAAUGUCAAUUACAUCUGUUUUAAAUGUCAGCUGAAAAACUGUACUCCAUUUCCCAAGUAUACUGACUAUUGUUAUUACUUGUAGUAAGAAUAAAUAGUCUUGGAAUGAAA